CAGGUGUUUCAUAUUUAACAGACUGAAGAGAGACAACACAAACCACAGCUGGACAACAUGUCUCACAACUUCAAGCAAUUCACUCCGUCCGACACAGGAAUCAAACUAGUGAAUAAACCCAGUGAUCUCGAUCCAUUUGACGAUGACCCUAAUGUGUUGAGAGCUGAGCUGUCUUGCGGUCACGUUGUUGAUCCAAUGUCACUGACAGACUGUUGCAGAGGUCAACUGGGAGAAACAGCGUUUAAGUGUCCAGUGUGUCAUAAAGAAUGGCCGUAUGAGGAAGUCCGAAAAUUGGCCAAACUAUCAGACAAUGAGCGAUUAGGUUUUGAGGACGUGCUUGGGACAAAUGCUGUUAAGAAGUUAGUGGACAUGAAGGAUUGUCCCGGCUGUGGUGUUUUCAUUGAGCGGGUGCACACCACGAAUCUCGCCGUCGAAUGCUCAGUUUGCACAGAAAACACUGGCAGAAUCUAUGAGUUCUGCUGGCAGUGUCUGAGAGAGUGGAAAGGGCCUCGACCUUCUGCUGAUCAGUGUGAAAAUGCAGGUUGUAAUAUCAAGGACCAGGAGUUGCUUAACGACUGUACAAUGAUAACUUUAAAAUCAGUUCAGAAUGUCCAGUGUCCAGCGAUUCGUGCCUGCCCAUUUUGUGGCGUGCUGAUUGAACACAUUGCGGUGGGAUGCAAAAUCAUGUCAUGUAAUAAAUGCCACAAAGAGUUUUGCUUUGUCUGUCUUAAACCUGCCCAAGAGUGCCUACAAACAGCAACCCAUUACGUGUUAUGCACAGCUGGAGUCGCACCAAAGCAAGUAGAAGUUCAAAUGCCAUGAGCAGAUAUAUGCAGAAAUACUCAAUUAAUCUACUGUAGAUCACUCUUUACUAUUGAUGCGUAGACUACUGAUAUUUCUAGAGUCUCAUGUGUGUGUACAUGCGUUUUUCCUACUUUUUAUUUCUUUAUUUGUGAAAUAGUGCACCUUUAUAAACAAUGAUGUGAUGAAAUCAUACAUGUGUGCAUAUGCUGGACAUGCAGUUAGUUGAAGUCUAGUUGAAGUAGGGCUGGGCAAUAUGGCGACAAACAACAUAUCUCAAUACACUGUAAAAAAAAUAAAGUUUGUGAUAAACUUCCGAUGUUUCAAAUAGGGGUGUGCUGGAUGGUCAGUGAUCAAACUGAGCAUGCUCAAACGCCUGUAUGUUCUACCGUCACCAUCAGACGUGAUAUUGUGUGUGUGCUCACUGUUUAAAAAUAUAAGUUGCUCUGACUUAAAUGGCAUAAAAGUUGACUUAACGCACUUUUUUCAAAAUGACAUAACUCAAUCAACUUUUCAAAUUGAGCUUGUCUGACAAAACUGAAGUUUUUACAGUGUAUUGUUCAGCUUAUUGAUUAUAUUUGAUGUAUAUCUUGAUAAUUAUGAAAUGUCAUAAAAGCUUUUUUUUAUCUUAAAUCAGAGGAACCAUCAUUUCAUUUGUAACCAAGUCAAAUGUUUAAU